AUGGACAAGGACAAUUUGUCUUCAAGUGAAUCUCGCAAGAGGGGUUCAUCGGCUCUUCAGCUGGGUCCCCGCAAGAGAGCAUACUAUUUUAGCUUGAAAUCUGAUCCCCUUGUUUCACAUGGACGACACUUUGGUCGUACAGUUUUCGCCCUCUGCAACUAUCCCUCUCUUUUAACGAAUGGAAUAUUAAGAUUAGAACAACUGGAAGAAGCUUCCAUAGAAGAUUUUCCUGCUGAGUCAACAUUCUCUCAGGGAGUGCUGAGAGCACUUGGUUCAGAGGAAGAACUUUUUCAUAUAGGAGAACUGAUUGGCAAGGGAGCGGCUGCUGCAAGGGGGGAGGACACAAAGUCUUUGAAACCCAUCAUUGAUUGGAUAGCGCCAGCAGGUGAAGCAGUAGUGCCUCCUUUAUCCCGGAAUUCUAAGACCAGUCAGGGCUUCAAUCACCCUCUCACUGGUCGUUUACUCUGUCCUGCUGAGUUGGAUUGGGAUGAUGCGGAAAGCUGCUUGCUUAUAAAUAUUCGAUUUGCACUCUGUUCAUCCUCAGUAUUCUCAUGCACUGACACGAUCACAGAUUCAGAGAUGUUCUAUCACUCUCUGCUUGACCUUUUGGAGGACCCAGAUGAGCGUAUGGAGACCACAGAACUACUGCUUUGGUGGAAUCGUCAGAUAUUUCCAACUUCUUCAGCUGCCAAAAGACCUCUCAAAGCUAAUAGCGCUCUCUCUAAGAUUCGCCAAAAGAGAGCCGCUCUAAAAGAAGCAGGAGGUACUGCUUGA